UGAAAUAAACAGAAACUGCAACAGGUUCCUGUGUGCUCCGCUGCUGUUGGGGUUCCGGGGUGGCCCUUUGUGACACGGCACAUGGUGUCACGGCCCUUUGUGAUGUGGGACGUGGUGGUGGCCAGAGACCCUUGUGACAUCAGGGAGCUCCGCGAGGGCUGAGGGUCUCCAAGGGGCGCGGAGCCCUGGGGUGCUCAUUCCCAGGAGAGCCGCUCUCUGAGGAGGAAGCAGCUCCCUGGCUCUGUCUGCGCCUGACGCCGACAGCGAUAGCGGCCGACAGCGACAGACAGCGACAGCGACAAGGACAAAGCCAACUCCAACUCCCGGUCCCACAGCUCCUUGCCCAGCUGGCUGGAAGCCACCAGCGAGCCGUGGUCAGGGGCAGUGGGCAGCUCAGUCCUGUCGCUGUCACAGAUUGUGGAGGAGAGGAUCUUGGCCAAAAUGGGCCAAAAGCUUUCCCGGAGGGAAGAUGUGGAAGAGACCCGCCAGAGAGAAGUUCCAGGAGCCCAAGAAAUGUCCCGGCAGGGAACGAGGAGCAGCCAAGAGCUGUACCAAGGCCAGAGUCCCACGGAGGCCGAGCCGGCAGCUGCUGCCCCGGCUGGAGCUGCUGAGGAGGAGGAGGAGCCAGGGUGGGCAGCGGCAGAGAUGGCACAGGAAGACAGCCUGGAGACCUUGACUCAGGACAGUGAUUGGGAUUCUGAUAGUGAGGAAGAGAGCCCGGUGCCUGCCUCACACAGCACCCCCAGCCCCUCAUCUGCCCCGCUGGGAGCCCAGGACCUCUGGGAGGAGCCGGAGAGGGCAGUGUUGGCGCUGGCAGGGCCAGUGCUGUCACAGCACUGGAGCCUGGAGGCCUUGGCUCCGGACAGCGACUGGGACUUUGACAUUGAGGAAGAGAGCCCGGUUCCUGCCCCACACAGAACCCCCAGCCCCUUGUCUGCCCCGCUGGGAGCCCAGGACCUCUGGGAGGAGCUGGAGAGGGCAGUGUUGGCACUGGCAGGGCCAGUGCUGUCACAGCACUGGAGCCUGGAGGCCUUGGCUUCGAACAGCGACUGGUCAUCCGACAGUGACAAAGAGGAAGAAGAAGUAGAGCCAGAGCUGUCCCAGGGGACAGUCUCGCUCAUCCAAGAGCUGUCCCAGGAGGAGGACGAUGUGAGCUCCAGCUCUGGGGAGAAGCCUGUGGGCCCAGUGAAGGAGGGGGACACCCAGCCUUCUCCCCCAGAGGGGCCCAGCUCUGCCAGCCCCGUGGGCACAGAGGUGGCAGCAGAGGCAGCCCCUGCCCUGCCCAGCGCCUCUCCUCUCCCCGGCAGUCCCACGGAGGCCGAGCCGGCAGCUGCUGCCCCGUCCGGAGCUGCUGAGGAGGCAGCAGCGGGGUCAGGGCUGGCAGUGCAGGAGAGGACGGAUGACGACGACGAUGAUGAAAUGAAAUUCUGGCAAUACUUGGAUGACCUGGAGCCUUUCCUGGUUGGAGACCCAGAGCUGUCCCAGGAAGUGUCCUACUAUGAACAAUACACAGAGGAAGAUCUGCCCCACGGUGUAGUCAGCAGCUCCCAAGGCCCCUCCGACUGGGAAGAAUACCCUGAGCAAGUGCUGUGCGGAGGAGAUGUCAUCAGCUGCGAAGAGUUUUCGGACUGGGAAGAACACCUUGGCCAGAAGGUGUCCAGAGGGAAUGGCAGCAGACCCUCAGGACUCUCCAGCUGGGGCGACGACAGCGACACGGGGCUCGUGCAGGAGAACUGGCCCGAGCACGUCAUCUUGGCCAAGCCCUUGUGCCCCGAGGACGAUGAGUGGGACGAUGUGAGCCUCCUGGAGCUGCCCCCAGAAGACGGCAAACACCAGAAAUGGAAAGUUUUUGUGGCAGAGGGGCUCCCAGUGCCCGUCCCUCGGGAGGCCUGGGCUGAGUGCCCGGCACAGGAGCCGUGCAGCCAAGGGCCGGCGCCUGCCCCGCACAGCCCCCCCAGCCCCUGGCCUGCCUGGCUGGGAGCCCAGGCCCUCCGCGGGCAGCCGGCUGCCCCCAGGAAACGUCCCUCCCGCUUCAGGCGGGCGCUGCGGGCGCUGCGGGGGCUGUUCCGCUGUCCCUGCCUCAGGCCACAGACUGAGGAGUAAAACGGGCACGGAAAAGGGUGAAGAGCAUGAAGAGAAGGAAGGGGAAGAACAGGAAGAUGAAGAUGACCGCUCCUGCCAGUCCCGCUCCUCUGUGUCGGAGCAGCAGCUCUUCGGCUCGGCUCGAGGGGCUCAGAGAUGGCUGCUGCAGCUCCUCCAAAUCUGGGAAGAGAAAAGCCUUUGGAUGGGCCAGGCAAGCCAAGCAAGCCAAGCAAAGCCCAACCAGGCAGAGCCAUGAAGACCUGGGCAGUGAGGCUUGGAAAAUGCCCACCCAAAGAGCCCAAAGCUCCCCCAUCCCUGCCCCGCACACACCCGGCCCCGGGCUGGAAGGUGCAACAACCAUUUCUUGGGCACAAAGCAGAGGCUCCUGGAACAGACUCUCAGCACAAACCCCUCCGGGACAACGGCAAAGAAGACCAAGACAAAGAAGAUGAAGACAAAGACACAGAAAAAGAGGACACCGACGACUCAGCAGAUGAAGAUGAUGAAGACAGUGAAGAAGAUGACGACAAAUA